AUGCGCAUUUCGUUUGAAACACUCACGGCUGUCCUAGCUUGUCUAUCGACUGGCUAUGCCAUACAGAUUCCCCCGGACACGCCGCUCUCCGAACUUAUCACCUCUGCCAAAACACACCUCGCCAGCGGCUCACCUCGUGAGGCCUUGGUAUACUUCGAUGAAGCCAUCUUGCGCGAUCCGACCAACUAUAUUACAAUCUUUCAGCGAGGUGCGGCAUACCUGUCUAUUGGCAAGAAUCCUCAGGCGUCUGAAGACUUCAAUCGCGUGUUGGAACUAAAACCCGAUUUUGAGAGUGCAUUGCUGCAGCGAUCCCGCCUUCGGGCACGAAGCGCGCACUGGAAAGAGGCUCUUCAGGAUCUUGAGCGCGCGGGAAAGCGCUCGUCGUCUGAUUACAAGGAGCUUGAAGAAGCACGCGAUGCUGCAGGAUUGGCCGUUAUCGCUGAGCAGAAGGGUGACUGGGAGGCUUGUAUUACACAGGCUGGGGUGGCGAUUCUCAAGGCUAAUACAGACUUGAUUCUUCGACAGACCAGAGCACACUGUCGUUUUGAGAGAGGCGAAGUGGAGGAAGGUGUCAGCGAUCUCGCGCAUGUUUUACAAAUCUCCCCUUCAUUGGUGGAGCCUCAUUUACAGAUUUCGGCAAUGCUAUUCUACGCACUUGGUGACAGCGAACGGGGUUUAACUCAAAUUCGCAGGUGUCUUCAUACCGACCCUGACUCGAAACCCUGCAAUCGCCUUUAUCGACGAGAGAAGCAGUUGUCGAAACUUCUCGGAAAGCUCCAUGCCGCACUGGAAGCGCAUAAGUGGAGCAACGCAGUUAAGCUCCUGGUCAGCAGUGGCGAGGAUAGUGGUCUGAUCGAGGACGUCAAAGCGGACGUCGCGGAGGCAAGGGAGGCCGGUCAUAUUCAUCAAGCCGCCUCAGAUAAACUCUAUACUUUCCUGAUUGAGAAAACCUGUGAGGCUUAUCGUUCGAUGAAUAUGGCUAAAAAGGCUGGACCUUAUUGCGCCGAAUCUCUACAGUUGGUCCCAUUUUCGCUUCAUGGUCUUUUAUACCAAGCACAAUCGGAACUCGAUGAGGAUCAAUUCGAAGAUGCAGUGCGCACUCUCAAUACUGCCAAGGAGCAUCACCCUCACGCUCAAGAGAUUCAGUCGCUUCUGCAAAAGGCACAUGCGCUUUUGAAACGCUCCAAGCAGAAAGAUUAUUAUAAGGUGUUGGGUGUGAGUCGGGAUGCAGACGAGCGAACGAUCAAACGGGCUUACCGCCAAUUGACCAAGAUCAACCAUCCGGAUAAGGCUGCCACGCAGGGCGUGUCCAAGGAGGUAGCAGAGAAGAAAAUGGCAUCCAUCAACGAAGCCUAUGAAGUUCUUUCUGAUUCCGAACUUCGGGUUCGAUAUGAUAACGGAGACGAUCCAAAUGAUCCCGAGUCUCAGCGAGGAAACCCUUUCCAACAAGGCAAUCCCUUUGGUCAGGGUGGUGGUGGUCAACAGUUCUUCUUUCAACAGGGUGGACCACAAUUCAAGUUCUCUGGUGGCUUCCCCUUCCGUUGA